AUGGCUGCAUAUACUGACGAAGAAAAGAUUACACAAUGUAUAUUACGUUUAAGUGAUAUUGCUAAAGAACCACAUGAACUUCUCAUGCCAAUCAGCGGCUAUGAGAAAAUGCCAAUUGUUUCACUAGAACAAGCUGUUGAGCCACUUGUCUGCUUUCUACCAACCGUUCAAAGCCAUGUUUAUGUGGCUAAACAGAAAUGCAAACAGCCGGAUGACGGUCUAACACAAGAUGAAUCAGCUUCAAUUAUGCUCUAUUCUAUGGGAUGGAAACCACUUGAUGAAUGUCUCUAUGUCGUUUUGAAUGCCACAUUACGAUCAAAAGAUAGAGGCAAACUCGAACCGUGGUUUCUUUAUCUGAAACUCUUUCUAACUGCACUAUCUCGUCUACCGACAGUACCAACUCUACAUGUUUACCGAGGGAUUAAAUCAGACUUGAGCAAAGACUAUAUACGGGGUAAAACAGUUGUAUGGUGGGGCUUUUCUUCAUGUACUAUGGUAAUAGAUGUUUUACAAUCAGAACUAUUUUUGGGCAAGACAGGUACAAGAACAAUGUUCAACAUAGAUUGUAAUUCAGGUAAAAGUAUUGAAAACCAUUCCUUUUAUCCAUCAGAAAAUGAAAUACUUCUAUGUGCUGCAACUCAAUUCGAGGUUGUUGGAUGUCUCGAUCAAGGCUCUGGUCUUCGAGUAAUUCAACUGAAAGAAAUUGUGCCACAAUAUCCACUUUUACAACCAGUUUCUUCUAUUGUUAAUCGUACUAAGAAGUAUGUUAAUCAACAAGCCGAUAACUUCAACUUACAUCAGAAACUUCGUUGUAAAGGGCGUGCUUGUCGUACUUGUGGUAAAUGUCAUGAUUGGUCUUACACUGGUGAUGUGACGAGUUGGGAUUGGUUCCGUAAUAGAGCUAAUGCCGUAUGGACCAACGAUGAUUACGCACACUGGAACAAUAAUCGUGUUUGGAAUCAUUUCAAACGUCGUGAAGGUGCUUCAUGUACUUAUUCUUUUGGUUCUUAUUCUAUCGGUUAUUUUGGUUCUCUUAUUCUUCAUUCUGUAGGUUUUGUUCAUUAUUUAUGUAUUUGCGACAGAAAAUAA